AUGCCAUUACCUGCUCAACGUUUAGCAGAAUCAUUGGCGCAGGCAUUAAUUGAUAAAAAUAUUAUCAAUCCUGAAGAAUUACGUAAACAGAUUGAAACGAAUCAGAUGAGUGGAACUGAACAAAGUGGAGCAAAUAUUGUUGUUGAAGCUUGGUUAAAUCCGAAAUUUAAAGAACAUUUAUUAAAAGAUGUGGUUGUAGAAAAUACUGAUAAAAUUCACAAUUUAAUUGUAUGUACUCUUUGUUCGUGCUAUCCUCGACAAUUGCUUGGCAUUCCGCCAGGAUGGUACAAGUCAAGCUCGUAUCGUGUUCGUGCACCUAGAAAUCCUCGUUCGAUUUUAAGAAAAUAUGGAACUGUGCUUCCUAAUGAUAUGAAAAUUCAAGUUCAUGAUAGCACUGCUGAUUUACGUUAUUUAGUCAUUCCUCAUCAUCCUGCCGCUACUGAAAAUUGGUCUCGAGAACAAUUACUUGCAAUAGUUACUCGUGAUAGUAUGGUGGUGUUUGUGAUAUUACCGUUUAACUAUUCAAUAAUCAAACCAACUUGA